AUGACGAACUUCAACUCGAACAAGAGCUGGUUGAGGCCCUGGAAGUCCUUGAAUUCCAUGGGAGUGGUGGCACGCAUCGUGGGCGUCAAAUACGUGGACACUGCCAUACAGGCGGAAGGCGCCCAGCAUCGACAACGAUCCGAAGCCCUAAGUCGUGGCAUACCUCCUAAGGUAUCCUGUCGGCAAAUCUUCAAAGCCUUUUGGCAGCUGUUCCGUCCAUAUUUUCUGGACUCGAGCACCAGGUGGAGGGCUUGGCCGAUGUUGCUCGUUGUCUUCACCUUCAUGUUCCUGGAGGUCCAAACAGGAGUCGAUAUCUCGAACGCGGUCAAGGAGUUGAACAACGCCCUCAUCAGCAAAGAACCGGAGCUUUUCUGGGAGAAGCUGCGCGCCGCAGCGCUGGUCGCUUGCAGGCUGAUCCCGAUCCUUUUUCUCCAUUCGGGUGCUGCCUUCUACAUCGCUCUCGAUUGGAGAAAGUUCCUGACGGGAAAGCUGCUGGAUAUGUACAUCGAUGACUACCAAUGUUACUACCGCCUGAAGAUGGAGUACGGAAAUGUGGACAAUCCAGACCAACGGAUUGCGCAAGACACAGGUAACUUUUGCCGGAUGUCUUUGAGAUUGAUGUCCGCAGUGGUCCAAGAUAUCUUCAAGAUCGCAGCCAAUUCGGUGGCGUUGAUCAAGAUCUCCAGCACCUUGUUCUACACCUUAGUGGGCUGUUCCUUUGGCUACACGGUCAUCUCCCUCGUGGUUUUUGGAGCUCCACUCAUGAGAGUGCAACGCCGGGUCUUGGCUGUGGAGGGCGACCUUCGGUAUGUGUUGGUCCGCCUGCGAGAGCAUGCUGAGUCCAUUGCCUUCUUCCAUGGCCAUCCUUAUGAAAGGAUGUGCAGUGAAAAGGUCCUGGACCACGUGAUUUGGACCAACUACAAGCGCUGUGCCAUCGAGGCAGUCUACAAGAUGGUCUCCGGAGUGGUGUCGCUGGCCUUCAUUUUGAUGCCGAUGCUCAUAGUCGCCCCCAUGUACUUGCAGGGCCUGGUGAGCUUCGGCGUGAUUCAACAGUCUCAGGCCACGUGUGGCGUGGCUGGCGUGGGCGGCUGGCGCUUGGUGGUGGGUGUGGGAGACGGCUUCCGCGAGCAGCGUUCGGACGGCUUCGGACGGACGCGUCAGGACCACUUGGAGAAGAUGAAGGAGGUCGACGACGAGGUCACGACCAUCGGCGCCGAGAGCAGCGAUGACGAGUCCUCGAGCUACGACUCCGUGUCGGAUCUGGAGAACGGAUCCUCCGCCGAGGAGACAAAGGAAAAGUAA